AUGAGCAAGAAAUUCAAAUCGCAGGCUUCUAGUAGCSGAGCCGCUACUGGCGGACUUGGAGGGUUUUCCAAUACCUUUGGAGGCUUUUCAAAUGCUUCACCACAAACAACUGCGCCUUCGUCACUGUCAUAUGUUGCGGAGCCUCCGGAUCUGUCCCGCAUCUCAGAUCCGAACCUGGUGGUGGCGUUCAAGAACUUGACCAAAAAGGAUGAUAUUACCAAGACGAAAGCGCUGGAAGAUAUUAAAGAGACGGUCCUGAGUCUUGGAAACCGUACUGAUGACCUUGAGGAGGGAUUUUUGGAGGCUUGGACCAAAGUAUAUCCACGCAACUCAAUAGAGAAUGCUCGCAGAGUGAGGCAACUUGCCCAUACAAUUCAGGGAUUAAUUUCUUCACUUGCCGGAAAACGAGUGGCUCGUCAUCUUCCCAAGGUAGUUGGUGCUUGGUUAGCAGGACUGUACGACAACGACAGACUUGUCUCGCGUUCAGUGGUGGAAUCGAUCUCUCAAGUAUUCACGACAGAUGAGAAGAGGAAUGGUCUGUGGAAAAUUUUUCAAACUUCGAUCUUGGAGUUUGUCGAUGAUGUUAUUCUCCAUCAGACCGUUCUGACACUGAGUGAUGAGAGGAUCGUAAAGCCCGACGAUGCCGAGGCCAAGUAUGCAAGAGUUUCAGCGACUGCAAUUCUGUUAUUCAAUCGAAUUUUGAGUACCGCCUCGCCAGAGCACAUAGCCAAAGACCGUUCGACAAUCCACAAAAUUCUGAACAGCAAGAAUAUUUGGUCUUUCACACAUCAUGCGGAUCCAUUUGUCCGAAGAUCAGUCUACAAUCUGCUUCGUUCUUCCUUAGCACAAGACAUUGAAGAUUUGGACUGGCGGAUCAUCAGCAACAGCAUAAUAUCACAAGCCCUACCAACCACUCAACUGGGAUCCGCCACUGAGUUCUCCGAGACGUUACUGCAACUAUCGCAAAGUCGACCGCAAAUAUGGACCACUUAUUUCAGUGGAAAGACCGACUCCAGUAAAAGGUUACAUCAGUAUAUCAAAAAAGGAUCUCAGGGUGCUUCGGAGCUAUAUUGGACAAACUUGGUUGAGUUACUGCAAACGGUCCCAAUAGAAAUUAUUAGCCGAUAUGGAUCAAAAGCGGGCGAUGAGCCAUCUGAAACUGGACUCACGCAAGUAAAAGCCUUGAUGAAUGAUUUACUGACUGGCCUAACGUCUAGAGAUGAGCCUCGACACAACCUCAAAACAGGAUGGGCUGCUUAUUACGACAUCGGCAUCUGGCUGUCAACGCUUAUCCCAGAGACAGAAAGGAGUGAGUUAGUCACUGAAUACUUGACGAAGAUUUUCGAUCCGUAUGUCAAUGGCGACGGUGAGGAUCAAUGGAUAUUACCACCAUCCAUCGCCUCUGCAACAUGCACAGUCGCUUUCCUGCGGCUUUCAAGCCAUGGGUUUGAGAAGGAAUUGACAAAGGCAUGGGAGAAUGUAACGCAAAAGCUAUUACAAGCAGUGAAACUAUCUCUUCCAGAGCAGUCGAAAGAUUUCAGAUCUUCUCAGGAUGGUGUAUGCACCAAAGCCACGCAGUAUUUUAAGCUCGAGGCAGCGAUUCUUUAUAACUUGCCGCCAGAAGACCUAAAAACUUCUAGAUUGUUUGAGGAAACGAGCUUGCUUUUGUUGAAGGGCUCAUUAAACCUACUCCAGGUGCGAAAUGGGAAGCCCUACGGUGCAGCUGCAGUCGUGGAAGAAGCUAUUCGUCAUGUUCCUGAAUUCAUCAAAGACUCCGAGGAAGUUGUUAAUUCCCUCAAGGAUGCCAUUCCCCAGCUUUUACCAACGCCGUCUGCAGACAGAAUCAUGUCAGUCAUCCUUAUGUGCAGUGACUGGAAUGGAUUCGAAUCUGUGUUUGAUACUUCCCUCCAAACAAUGACGGAAGCAACUAUGCAAGAUUCAAGUGGAUCGGCACUUCAAAAACUGCUUUCCACGGUCGAUUUCCAAAAAGUACAAGAUCCAUCACAUUUUACUUCCAUUGUUUCGUCGAGCGUUGAGAAGGCUAUUACGGGGACUGCCUCACAAUGGCCGUUUGUCUUUUCAGUGAUUGAGAAUAAAACAGUGACCGAUGCAAUGAUUGACCAGAUAGUCGUGCUUUUGGUGCAAGGAUUGUCGUCGGAUGACGACACUAUUGUUACGACGCUUUCUGGACUUUCAGGUCUGGAAGGACAAAAGCCGGAAGCUCUCAAACGUCUCAGAAAUGGAAAAGAAGGCUCUCGGCUUGUGUCACGACUGCUCUACCUUACAGAGUCGCCGAUCGAGGAAAUUAGUCAGAAGGCCGAGCAUUUGGAGAAAMCCAKGSGAGCCACUGUGUCGGCGGAUGUUACAUCAGCAUCCACUCGAGAAAUAUUGACGCAGGAACUGCAAGAAGUUGGUCCACAAUCAUUGUCGGUCGAUGUGUUGUCUGGCAUGGCUCAAGACUUGAUUCAGAAUACAGAGGCUCAAGACCUUGAAUCAUUACUGGCAGAUAUAUUUCCAUCCUGUGGUGGAGCUGUCUAUCUCGUGAACAACGAUUCAUCCAUGAAUGGUCGGCCAGAUCUCGAUGCUACACUGAGAGACUCUGAUGGAGCAUCCUCGGCAUUCCGGCUAACGACAUAUGUCGUCAAGAUUCUUUCCUCAGCAGAUGUGCUUAAAUCUCUGCACGCAAAGCAGCGCGAAGGCUUAUUCUAUCACCUACCUCUUGCUCUACAAUUGAUGGAUGAUGAUGCCAGCAUUGAAGGCUCGAUAGGGUUGAUUGGACCCGGACUCAGAGAAGACAGGGAUGAGAUUCUGGAGACUGUCAGCGAAGGUCGUUCUCUGAUAAGGCAAUGGAUCGACUUGGACACUCACCUUGACAACGGUCGCAGUAUAUCAGAAGAUUUGUUAGCUUUAUGGGACCAGAAAGUCGCUGAACUGGAUAACACGUCACCCGAAAGCUAUCGAAUCGGCCAAGCAUACGCGAAAAUCAAAUCAGAGGUAGAUCCUACUAACUCAUCAGACGCGCUUACAGCUCUCGCACGCGAGGUUCGAAAGUAUAAUCCUAUACGCGCGGCUGCAGAGCUGGCUGUUUGGGGGCCGGCAUUGGCCGCUUCAUCAUCUGGUACACGGUUAUGCAAUGAGUUGAUUGCAGAUGCCACUGGUUUCAAGCCUAGUAGAAACCCAUCUGAAGGCCCGAGAAGUAUUGUUCUUUUCAACAUCCUCGCCGAGAGUAUGAGGGAAAUUCUAGACACAAUUCCAACACAGCGGAUGGUUUUUUUUGUCAAGAACCUUGUUCAGGUGUUACAGUCCAACUCAGAUUCGACAGGUAUUAGAACAGAGGUCUUUAAAGCGCUAUCGAUGGUUUUGCGACCUCUUUCCGAGAUUUAUGGCUCACACUGGACCGUGUCCAUUGAAACGUUAAGUAGUACAUGGAAGGAACUAGGUGGUGGAGAUGCAGGACUACCGGUUCUACAUUCUUCUUUGAGACUUUUUGCUGUGCUCAGAGAUUUAGUGAAGAAUGACGCCAAUGACGACUUAGUGGAUGCAUGGAGAGAUGCUAAACAAGACCUCUUUGAGAGUCUUGUCCUGACGCUGAAUAAGCUGGACUCUACAAGUGCCGUGUAUCUGCCUCGGGAUAUAACGGCGGACCUCUUACGCCGCGAGCUCGUACACGUCCCAAUAGAAUCUCUGGCAAACAAGACUUAUAUGUUCUCUCUGUUGGCAGUUGAUUGCAAAGCAAUCCAACAGACUGCAUUCGAACUACUCCAUCGCCAGAUCCCGCAAGCCCAGGAGCAGAUUUCAUUCGACGUUGCUCUGUCGAAGACGACCGUCAACCUUCCGGAUGAGUUGUUGUCUCUGCUUCUCGAGGUCCCUCAGGCGAAUCUGGUCUCUUCACUAAGUGAUGCCAAGACCUUGUUGAGGAUUAGGAGUUAUUUGAUGAGUUGGAAAUUGGUCUUUGACCAUUUUUCUUCGAGUGCUUCGCUCCCUGUUCAAGAGAAUUACGCAGAGAACAUCAAGGAACAUCAGAUUCUGGCGCCGUUUUUGGAGUUUACCUUUGACUUUCUCCAAAAGUCCCAUGGGAAGCUGAUUGAUGCUUCGAGAUUUGAUAUUCGCUCAUGGGAGCCUACUGAUGAGCCUAGUGAGAGGGACACACAGUGGCUCUUGAUUCAUCUUUACUAUCUAUCACUCAAGCACCUUUCUCUGUUCACUAAAAAUUGGUGGAUAGAUAGUAAAAAGCGAAUCAAAGGCCCUGUCGAGACUUGGACACAGAAAUAUAUCACCCCGUCAAUCAUCGAAGAUGCCCUAACAAGCGUCUCAACCUGGAUCGAAAGUCAAGAAGACGACGACGAGCGCCCUCUGACAGUCAAAGUCUCCCACCGCACCACUGAACUCGUCGCCAGUAUCCCCGUCGACGAAGACUCUCCACCUGUUGCAAUGGCCAUCUCUCUCCCACCCGCCUACCCCUUGCAACCUGCAAUCGUAAGCGGCCGCAGCCGCGUCCUAGUCGACGAAAAGAAAUGGCGCAGCUGGAUGCUCAUCAUUCAGGGCGUAAUAAUGUUCUCGAAUGGAAACCUCGUGGACGGCCUCCUUGCUUUCCGUCGAAAUGUCCAGGGCGCCCUAAAGGGACAGAGCGAGUGCGCUAUAUGUUAUUCGGUCAUCUCGACGGAUAUGCAAACGCCCAACAAGCGGUGCGCGACGUGCAAGAAUGCGUUCCAUUCGACUCAAAUGUCAGCAAAUCAAAUCCCCAACCUCAACACCCUCCGGCGCGGCGGCGGGGGCCUGAGAGGUCGUCUCCGCGGUCGAGGAGGACCUGGAUUUGCUGCACCAGAUGAUCAAAGCCAUGCAGGAAACAAUACUGCUGCUGCAAAAGACAAAAUCAUUCAAGGCACUGACAAUGAUGCCAGCGUCUCGAGGCUGAGUGCCGUGGAAUUGGGGUAUCUGGAUGAUGCGUUUGCGCGGGCUUUGACAGUGGCAGGKGGAGGGCCGGGGUCGAGGAGAUUUCCUAUUAUUAACAGAGGUACAUAUGUAAGAACAACCGCGAUUGACGAACUGGUCGACCGCUUCCUUGGUGAAGAUAGUGAACCAGGGCACGCCACCAAGAAGCAGAUCAUAUCCCUUGGAGCCGGCUCAGAUACCCGCGCUUUUCGAAUAUUCAGCAAGAAGCCAUCAAUUCGGCUGAUAUACCAUGAACUUGACUUUUCGGUCAAUACAUCGGCCAAGAUCAAGGCGAUACGCGCGUCGCCGCUUCUUCAGAGAGCGAUACAGGUCGAUAGGGAAGCUCUACCAGAUGGAAGCGAGCAGAAUCUCACCGGAACUUCCUUGCAUCUACCUAAUUAUCACAUCCAUCCUAUCGAUCUAAGGACUCUUGUAGCCAACUCUACAGGCACGACAGACUCCGCAAAGAAUAACUCCCAACAAUCGACUCAACCUCACGAGGAAAAAGCAAGAAUAAGCCUACCAGGUUUAGACCCAACCUUGCCAACACUCCUCAUUUCGGAAUGCUGCCUCAUUUACCUUGCCCCCACCGCCGCAGACGCCGUGAUCGACUACUUCGCUGCCUCCCUCUUCCCACCCACAACACCCCUAGGCCUAAUAAUCUACGAACCUAUUCGCCCCGACGACGCAUUCGGGAAAACUAUGGUCUCAAAUCUCGCUGCGCGGGGGAUCCAAUUACAGACAUUACACAAAUAUUCGAGUCUACCAGCGCAAAGACAACGAUUCGUGGAUCAUGGCCUAGGUGCGGGUCAGGGAGCGGUGGAUAUUGAUUUUAUUUGGAGCCAUUGGAUUGCGGACACAGAAAAGGAGAGGGUUGCCGCGUUGGAGAUGUUGGAUGAGAUUGAGGAGUGGAGGUUGUUGGCGCAGCAUUAUUGUGUUUCUUGGGGGUGGAGAGAUGGUGGUGAUAAGAGUUUUGCAUCGUGGAGGGGCUUGAGGAGUGAAUAG